AUGGCUUCUCAGGAUAUUAACUUUUGGGGUUCCGUUUAUACUACCCAGUUUGCCGCACCACACCUAAGAAACAGCAAGGGUAAGAUCAUUGCCCUUUCUUCAUCUGCUUCAUGGUUGCCUAAGCCAAGGAUGAGCUUGUACAAUGCAAGCAAAGCAGCAAUGGCACAAUUUUUUGAGACUCUGAGGGUUGAAUUUGCACCGGACGUCAAGAUAACACUAGUGACUCCUGGGUUUAUAGAGUCCGAGUUAACCCAAGGAAAAUUCUUAACAGAGGGAGGCAAAGUGGUGGUUGAUCAAGAAAUGAGGGAUGUAAGUUUUUCUCCUUCGAUUUGUUGCUUCUCCUAA